AUGGAUUUCUUCAAUGGCAAGAUAGAUGCUCAGAUAACACCUGCCUCUUUACAAUUCCUGGCAAUUACAAACCCUUCAUUGAGCAAGGAUGAAGAAGAUUCAAUAAAUCAAGUGCUAGCAUUCAUAUCAAAUGAACAAGAUGAGGAAAUAACCGAUAACUAUAAACUAAACAAAAUUGGUAUAAUCCAAGGGAUAAACUCAUUAAUUGGAAAUUUUGAUAAUAAUGAUUCGUUGAAUUACAUUGAGCUGGACAAUCAAUUGAUAAUAUUUGAUGAAUUUGAAUCAAAAUAUCAAAUAAUGUUGAGCUUAAACCUUACACAGAUUAAAGAUGAUGGAGUGAUUGAACAUACAAGCCAGGAUAUAGCACCUGUUGAGUUCUUGAUCAAGAUGAUCUAUCAAGGUUAUAAUGACUUCAGACUACAUAAUGGUUCUUUCGGGAGUAUGAGCUCUGAAAUACCCAUUUUCAAAGAGACUUUAACAAAAUGGUGGACUAUAUGGUUUAAGAAUUUACCAUUGGGAUUAAUAGAGAAUGGGUCUUUAAAGCUUUACCCUGGAUUCAAGAAGGCAAACUCAUCGCAGCUGGAGGCGGUUGCACCAUCCAAUUCAACAAAUUUCUAUAUAUUCAACACUUCAAGAGAUAAUCCUGAAACAUAUGGACUUUUACAUGAUUCUCAAAAUAAUCUAACCAUUGAAUCCAAACUAAGAUUUUUAAACUGGAUAGAAGAGCAAGAUAAUUAUACAAUUUCUUCACAAUCAUUGAUUUUACCACAAGUUUUGAAAAACAUUAAGCUACCUGAUGAUGCUUCAAGUUCUGAGAUUGUUUAUGAUCCAUUCAAGUUAGUUUUCAAUACACUUAGUGAUAUAUCAAGAUAUAGUGGUGUUACUGGUGGUGUUAAUGCGAGUGUGAAUGGUGUCAGUAAUGGGUUUAGUAGUAUUAAUGGGUAUUUGCCUAGUUGGAUGGGCGGUAAAUCUCAAGAAAGUGGAGUUGAUGAAGAUACAGAUGAGAGAGCUACUGAUAAUGAAGAGGAUACAAACAAAGAUAUGGGAUUUUUGAUUGGGAAAGUUGGUGAUGAUAUUUUGGAAAAAACUGUUUGGUUGCAAUUGGGUGUGAAAGAUGAGGAACAAAAGUUUAGGGUUGUUGUUUUCAAAUAUUUUGAAUUGUUGUUCAUCACCAUUUAUGAAGAUGGUUAUUCAAAAUUAGAUGAUGUGGAAUUUUACAAAGACUUGAAACAAGAGUUUGUUGAAAUUGGCCAAGGUAUUAAAAUUGAUGAAAUUAAGGAAAAGAAUUUUUACUUCAUGAUUUAUGAUAAAUUCGAACAGAGUAUAUCAAGCAAUUUACCAGAUAUUCCAAACUUUGAUGAUGAUGAAGUUAAUGAUUUGAAAUAUUUCCAUGAUUUAUCUAAAUCUCAAACACAAUCUAAAAUGUUGCAUAAAGAAAUCAUCAAACUUCUUGAACCUGAACUGGAUGGUUCUGACCAUCAAUUGGAGAAAUUGAAAAGAACUAAGAAUGGAUGGUGGAUAUAUAAACUUAAUCAUCAAAACAUUAAGGAGAUUUUAAUUAUAAAGAAGUGGCAACUAUUACACAAGGGCGGUGCCGGUUCAGCUGAUGGGAUAAGAAACAAGAUUUUAGAUAAUUCAACAAGUAUUUUGGGAAGUAUUGGUAAAGAUGCAAAGUUAUGGCUAGAGGAUUAUCUUACAAAGAAUCAGGUAUAAUAUAGAUAGGUAUAUUAUUAUUAUGAUAUUAAUGAAUAAUGAUGAAUUUUUUAUAGAUCAAAAAAGACGUAGAAAACAAAAUGCAGAACCUCAAAAAGCAAACCCAACAACCAAACAAUAACUCCACCAACAUAUAAUAAAACUAGAACCUCAUAACCGCCGUAUGCAUU